GCGAGGGAGCGCGGGAAAUCCCGAGUGCAUCUGGAGUUCCACGGGUUGCUAGAGCCAUGGCUACCUCUUCGGUGUCCAAGGGUUGCUUUGUGUUUAAGCCAAACUUCAAGAAGAGAAAGAUCUCUGUGCCAAUAGAGGACUAUUUUAGUAAAGGGAAAAAUGCAUCUGAGGACAGUAAGCUUCGCUUUGAAACUUACCAGUUAAUAUGGCAGCAGAUGAAAUCUGAAACUGAGCGACUACAGGAGGAAUUAAAUAAAAACCUAUUUGACAGUCUCAUUGAAUUUCUGCAAACAUCUCAUUCUGGGCUCUGGAAGAAUUCUGAAGACUGGAGCAGUGAAAUAAAACUCAGAGAAAUUCCAACUGCUGCUCUUAUUCUAGGUGUGAAUGUAACAGAUCAUGAUUUAACACUCAGAAGUCUAACAGAAGUACUUCAGAAUAAUGUCACUCCUUAUGUAGUCUCAUUGCAAGCUAAAGAUUGUCCAGAUAUGAAACAUUUUUUGCAAAAGCUGGUCUCACAGUUGAUGGACUGCAAAGUAGAUGUGCAAUCCAAAGAAAAAGAAAGUGUUCAGGUCAUCCAGAAAAAUGUACAUUAUUCAAUGGAUUCUCUUUCCGCUUGGUAUAUGAGUGUCACACAGACAGACCCCAAAAUGCCAAGAAAAAAGAGGACUUUUUCUAGCCAGUGGCAUUCUCCUCCUGUUGUGCUUAUCCUAAAGGAUAUGGAAAGCUUCACCACAAAAGUACUCCAAGAUUUUAUAAUUAUCAGCAGUCAACAUCUACAUGAAUUUCCACUAAUCCUCAUUUUUGGAAUUGCCACAUCCCCUGUUGUCAUCCAUCGGCUGCUUCCUCAUGCAGUAUCAUCUCUAUUGUGUAUAGAACUGUUCCAGUCUUUGUCUUGUAAGGAGCACCUGACUACGGUACUUGAUAAGCUUCUUCUUACAACUCAGUUUCCAUUUAAGCUAAGUGAAAAAGUGUUGCAGAUUCUGACCAACAUCUUUUUGUAUCAUGAUUUCUCAAUUCAAAACUUUAUAAAAGGACUUCAGCUUUCUCUAUUAGAACAUUUUUAUUCCCAGCCCCUCAGUGUUCUGUGCUGUAAUCUCCCAGAAGCCAAGAGAAGAACACAUUUUUUAUCUGCUAAUCAAUGUGAAAACAUCCGACGUCUUCCAUCAUUUAGAAGGUAUGUGGAAAAGCAAUCUUCACAAAAGCAAGUUGCACUGUUGACCAGUGACAAAUCGUUGAAGGAGGAAACACAAUCAUUACUAGAAAACCUGCAUGUUUACCAUACAAAUUACUUCCUGGUUUUGAGAUGUCUUCAUCAGUUCACCUCUUUUCUUCCCAAGUACCCAUUGGGUCGACAGAUCAGAGAGCUGUACUGCAUGUGUUUAGAAAAGAACAUAUGGGAUUCAGAGGAGUAUGCAUCAGUCUUGCAGCUGCUGAGGUUGUUGGCAAAGGAUGAACUGAUGGCCAUGCUUCAGAACUGUUUUAAGGUUUUUCAGUCCUCUUCUGCAAAGGAGCUUGGCAACACAGCAAAGAAAAUAGAGGAGUUCCUGGCCCAGUUUCAGAGCCUUGAUGCAGAAACCAAAGAGGAAGAAGAUACUUCUCAGUCGCAGUCAAAGGGGCUUCAGAAGACGGACCUCUAUCAUCUUCAGAAGUCCUUACUGGAAAUGAAGGAGUUAAGAAGUACCAGUAAGAGGCAGACCAAGUUUGAAGUCCUCAGAGAACAAGUUGUGAGCUUCGUUGACAGUCUGGUGAGAGAGUACCUCCUGCCUCCAGACACCCAGCCUCUGCACGAGACGCUGUACUUCAGCUCUGCCCACACCCUUCGCCAGCACCUGAACGCCGCCCCUCGAAUAGCCCUCCACACCGCACUCAACAACCCCUAUUACUACCUCAAGAAUGAAGCACUGAGAAGUGAAGAAGGUUGCAUUCCAAAUGUUGCCCCAGACAUCUGCAUAGCAUAUAAACUGCACCUGGAGUGCAGCAGGCUAAUCAACCUUGUGGACUGGUCGGAGGCUUUUGCAACAGUUGUGACAGCUGCUGAAAAAAUGGAUGCAAAUUCUGUAACCUCAGAAGAAAGGAAUGAAGUUAUCCAUGCUCGAUUUAUUAGAGCUGUCUCUGAAUUAGAACUUUUGGGAUUUAUAAAGCCUACCAAACAGAAGACUGACCAUGUGGCAAGGCUAACAUGGGGAGGCUGCUAGACAGCAAAUGAGCAAAGCCAGAAAGAUAACAGUUAGCUUAAGAAGACCAGUCAUAUUUACACACGGCUCAAAGAAGAUUGUCUGGCAAGAAGAGAAGCGUGGAAUCCCUGUGUGGUGUUUAAACAGAAAAGUAGACUGGUAAACCCAAAUAGGAAUGUAUCAAAGCCCCUUUGGAGAACUUUGAAAUCCAACAAGUAACACGCAACUAGAAACUUUCUCAGAAUAUAACUGCAAUUCUCAGUCAUGGAGAAAUUAUGAAUAAAUUGUUCUUGAACAUGAAUAAUAUAUAAAUGUAAUAAAUUCCUUUACCUAGGAGAAUCAGUUGAUCUGCAGUUGAUCUAAUAGUAUUAAUACUUAUUUUUGUUCUACCAGUUUCUUGCACUGGUAUUCUUCACUUGUGUAAAUUAUGUAAUAAGAUGAAUAUUCUAGAGGAUUUUCUCCUCCAGAGGUUCUAAAACUGCCUCUACUGCCCCAUUUCCUUUAGUCUUACAGCUUAAAAAGUCUCAAGUUGUUUGGCUUUCUCAUUAAAGGCAGUAAAUAUUGUACUUCAGGUUGACCCAUCAUGGAGUCUUAAGAGCCUCAAAGAUCUUUACAAAUCACAUCAACCCUUAAGGCUCAGAUGAAAUGACACCUGAAUGUCUUCCAUAAUAAGAAUUCAUAUCAAGAUAGUGAAACAAAGAGACCUCAAGUUCAUUAUUUAAUGUUCUGGUUCCAAGAGAAUUCUGGGAUGUGUCUUUAAGUAUACUAACAUACCAAAAUUACCAUGCAAAUAUGACUGGGAGGGGAAAAGUCCAAAUUCAGUGAGGAUUAUUAUAGUUGAAGACCUUAGAACUAUGCACUUGUAGGUCUGUGUGUUUAGAGGACAAAUUUAAUAUAAACAGACUUAAUAUAUAACUUAAGCCUCAUUAAUUCUAGAGUAAAAGGAGGUAUUAUGUAAGUAUAAAGGGCUCCUUAGCCCUGUGGCAACAAGGUGAGCUGAGAUGACAUUAAUGGAUAACCGCUCCCUUCCCCACUUCCCACUUCAAAAACUUUUACAUGCUAGAUGAAAUGUACCCCCAGACAAAUUGUCAUAAUGUUGCCAGGGUUAAAAAGAAAAGUAAAUCCCAACGUAGCAGAAAUAAAGAAUCAACUGCAAGCCAGAGCAGAGUGUCUCGCCCGACAAAGCCUUGAGAUAAUUACCAGAGUUGCAUUAGUUCAGAUAGAUUAAAUGUCUUAUCUUCAUCUAGGAGAUACUAGGAUUUCUUAUUCAGCAGAAUUGAAACACAUGUACAUAUGCACAAAGGGCUGUCAACUUGGAAAUUAAGGAAUUCAUGAUGCAAAUGAAUGUAUAAACACAAACACAAGAGGCUUUUGACACCUUGGAAUUACAGGGGUCAUCUAGUGGUCCCUGAAAUGAGGGUAUAAGCAGAGCCUUUGCCAAAUGGACGUGAUCAAAGACUAGAUUUCUGUUGUGAGACAUUUUCCAGUGUAUCUUCACAACAACUAGGUCACUAUUUUUUCCUCAGCAUUUCCAGCCAUUCCCCUUCAGAGAUGUGCCCUCAAUCAUCUGUUUCAUUUUUGACUAUGGUUGGUAAAAUCUAGGUAAAGAAUGUAUGAUUAAUUUGUUCACAGAUUAUUUAUUGAGCAUGUAUCAUGGGACACUGUUGAAGCACUUGCAGUACUUCAGUGAGCAUAGAUCUAUGCCCUCACUGCAUUCUAUAAAUAGCAAAGAACAAUUAUACAGUGUUAAAGAAAAAAAAAACAGCAAAAGGGAAGCAGAUCGUGCUGAACAUGGCUGCCUGAGAUAGCAUCUUAAUAAAAAGAUUUAGCCAUGAUUUUUUGGAAGAAGUGCGUUUUAGAUAGAGAACAGCAAUAACAAAGGUCCUAAGGGAAGUACGCAAGCUGCACUGGAGGAACAGUGAAGUUGGCCAGUGUGGGACACACAGUGAGCAAGAGGGAAACUCAGAACUGAAUGAGGUGGGGUGGAGAGCAGGAAAGUUAUGGGCGUAGACCACUGUAAGGUCUUUUUUAGGUAGGAAGCCAUCUAAGCCAUCCUUUCAGUUCAGUUCAGUCACUCAGUUGUGCCUGACUCUCUGUGACCCCAUGAAUCACAGCACGCCAGGC